GGCAGUCAAUCUGAAAGUGUCACCGACUUUGGGGACUUGUCUGAACCAAUCUGAAAGAGGUGCACUGCAAAGCAAGGGACAAGUUAGAAGGCUGUGCUUCAUGCAAAGGACUGAAAAGUGAUAUCAUCCUCCAGAAUGGCUUCUUCAGACACUCCAGACACUCCAAACAGUGAGCAAGUUGUUCCCGAACCAGAAGAUCAUAUAGACGUGCGUGCAGUGCAAAACAGGUACCUUCGGAGUCCCUCACCUAGCAGGUUUUCCAUCAUGUCUGACACCGAUACUGAGAGCAUCUUUAUGGAGCCAAUUCAUCUCUCCUCUGCAGUGGCCGCUAAGCAAAUCAUAAAUGAAGAGCUAAAGCCCAAAGAGAUCAAAGUGGCACCCAUGCCAGAAGAGAUGAUGGAGUCAGCAGAGCAGUUGCUGGUCGAGGACCUAUACAAUCGAGUGAAGGAGAUGGUUGACGACACCAGUCGCUUCAACACCCCAUGCGUACUGGACAUUCAAAGGCUGCUAACACAGGACAGACUAGAAGCCCCCAUGAAUCCAGUUGAUGAGGUGUGGCCCAACAUUUUCAUUGGAGAGAAGAGUGUUGCUGUGAAUAAAGCCAGGCUGAAAAGAAUGGGUAUCACACACAUCCUCAAUGCUGCUCAUGGCACGGGCAUUUACACAAGCCAGGACUUCUACACUGGCAUGGAGAUUCAAUACCUUGGAAUUGAGGUGGAUGACUUCCCUGAUGUGGACAUUUCAAAACAUUUUCGAACUGCUGCUGAAUUCUUGGAUGAAGCUCUUCUAACAUACAGAGGAAAAAUCCUUGUGUCUUCUGUGAUGGGAGUCAGCAGGUCAGCUGUAUUUGUAGCUGCAUACUUGAUGAUUUUUCACCACAUGACCAUCAUGGAUUCUCUAUUAAAACUUAGAAAAAAGCGUCCCAUAAAUCCAAAUGAAGGGUUUCUCAGACAACUCAGGGAUUUCAAUGAACAACUUUUAGAAGAACGGAGUACAUUAGACGAUGAUGAAAGUGAUACCCUUAGCCAGAGUUCAGUCAUUGAGGCUAAAACACAUUCCAUCAUGGCAGAGGAGGAGGACUUAGGAAGUGUGAUAGGUGCUAAAGUUCAUUCAAUUGUUGUUGAGGAAGAAGAUAAUAUGAGCACCAUGAGCAGUGUAAUGAAAGGGAGCAUAUCUUCUAAGAAGCCCACUCUUAUAGAUGAAGACGAGGAACUGAAAUUGUAUGAAGAGUGGAGGAAAAAGCAAGGCCUUCCUCCUAGUCAGGAAAAGAUGGUCAAAAAUGAAAGCAAAAAACCAGAAACUUCCCGAAAAGGCAAUGAGGAGGAUGUAGAUCAUAUAAUACAGGAAUGGCAAAGAAGAAAUGAAAAAUACCAGAGUGAAGACUGGUGGAAAUCAAAUCCCUUGAAUGAUGAUGAACUGUCACUUUUGGAAGGAAGUUCAUUUGAUCCAUGCGAUAGGGAAGAUUUAGAAAGUGUCAACAGUAGUGACAUCCGUGAACUGAAGGAAUAUUUAGCAGCAAGGGGUGUAGGUAGAGUUAGGAAUGAUUCUAUCUCAACAGAAACCAGCGAGUCAGACAUAUGGACUCAGAGGUUGAGGGAAAUUGAAAAUCAAGCAGCUGAAAGGUAUGGAAGAGGAGGAGCAAAUAAGUAUUCCACUGAGAAAGAAGAAAAAGAUAUUGAUGAGGAAAGCGUAUUCUCUGACACUAGUUCAUUAUAUAAUUUCUGCAAAAAGAACAAGGAUAAACUUACCCCACUAGAAAGGUGGAAGAUUAAAAGAAUUCAGUUUGGCUGGAAUAAACGGGAUGCAGAGUCUGCUGAUGGUAAGAAAGCACAAAAUGGAGAAGAGCAAACUGAAAGUGAAUCAACUUCUCAGCUUGGAGAAGUCAACCUAACAGCAUAUCAGGCUUGGAAGCUUAAACAUCAAAAGAAAUUGGGACAUGUAAACAAAGACGAGAUUGUGGAGCUAACCAAAGGUGAAGACACUGCAUCGGUCAAAAGGAAACAAAGGAGAACGGAGAUCUUAGAACGUUCCAGGCAGAAUCUGGAAGAAAGUCAGUCCAUGUGUGGGUGGGAGACAGAGAGUUCCAUGAGCGGUAGCAUCCCCUUUUCUGCAUUUUGGCCAAAUAUGUCUUUAAAAAGUGCACAAGAUGACACAGCUUCAAUGCUAAGUAUGCAAAGCAACAGGUCCUCUGUUUCACAAGCGAGGAGCAUUCAAAAUUUGCCUCAAACCCCUUUGAUUCCAAUUCCAAAUCUCCAGGUUGGUAACAAUGAAGCAAUUUCCUUAGCUAGCAUUCAGAAUUGGAUUGCUAAUGUAGUUACAGAAACUAUAGUCCAGAAGCAGAAUGAGUUGCUAAUGCAGGGUAGCUUGCCUUCGUCCCGUGCAUCAUCUGUUUUUGGAAUGAACACAAAAUCUACUGUUGCUUCUAGAAACAUGGAUGAUGACAAAGUAUCACUUUUGAGCAUGCAAAGUGGGGCGUCUUGUGGGAGCUCUCUACAUCAAAAAGAAACAAGAACUUAUGAUAACCAAUCUCUUGUUUCCUUUGAUGGCAUAUCCGGUCUUGGCUUUAAAGAGAAGAUCACACAGACUAGCAAGCCGCUGUACAGUUUGUUUGGAGAUGAUAUUGACCUCAAGAAACUGGACACAAGGAAUAAAGAAAUGCAGUCUGAGAUAAGAGGUAAAGCGUCAGAAUAUCAGAAAGAAAAACUUGUAGCAUGCAACAAGCGUAGUACAUUGUUCAAGAAAAAAAAGGCAAAAGACAGUGAUGAAGAUGAUGAUGUUGGAAGUGUAAUAUCUAGUCGAUGUUCUUUUACAAAGACUGAUGCCUCCUCAAAUAAGCGAGGGCAUUUUUCCAGUUUAGACACAGAAAUCACAGACCGAAUAAGCAGUGUAGAUAAAUGGCUCAGUGAUGUCAAAGAAAGUUCCACAUCUUUCAAGCCUGAACGGAAAUCCACGGCAUCAUCAUACCCAUCAAGAGAUGGGGAAGAAAAAUUGGACUUUACAAUUUCCAAGAGGAAGGCAGACUCUUUUAAAAGUUCAUACAGUUCUAUUGAUGAAAGUAAUAAAAGCACAUCAAAAAUUUCAAGUAAAGCUUAUCUGUCAGAGUCAAAGUUAUAUCCCUCCCAACAAGUCAAGAGUGAUGACCUUAACCAUCACAUUAGAGAACCUUACCUUGACAGCAGCUCCUCACAAGAGGACAGCGUAACUGCUAAUGGAAUGUCUGAGCUUGGGAGCAACAGAACAAAGUCAAGGCAUGUACAUAAGGGAGCAGAAAUUCAUGAUCAAGAUUCAAAUGAAUAUGGAGCCAGAGGAAGCUUUAAUCACCAUCUGUCAAAUAUGGAUAAUAAACAAGAAGAUAGUAAUAGUGAUGAAGAUAUAAUAGAAACCAUACGAGCUCGAGUGAGAUCGAUGACCAAACAAGAAGAGGAUUUGGAUGACGAUUCUGUCAUUAACUCUUGGAGAAGUCGCCAAGGAAAGCAACGAAGAAGACAAGAGUAGCUCGCUUGGUUUUAUCAAGUCUGAAUUAUCACUUCCUUAAUAUGACAUAGCUUCGGAAAUUAUAUAAUCAUGGCAAAACCUACAUUUACACUUGAGUUAAUAUUUUUAGUAUUUUCUGUUUUUAUUCAUGCAUCAUGAAUUUGGUAACAUAACUGUUUGGAACAGAAUCUAAAAAAUGUACCCAAAAAACAAUGUUUUUAAUUAAAAAUGUCAAUAUUUUCUA